AUGCCGACGGGUGCCACAUCCGAGUGCACGCUGCGCGCAUCUGCAGUAUGUGAGCCAUUGCUCGAUACACUGGUCGCUAAGUUCUGGGAGGAUGACCAGGUGGGCAUGCAACCACAAUCUGACAAGACGAUGGCUGAGAUAGAAGCAGAGCACCUCGUGGCUGACAGGAUGAAAAUCACUGAUGGUCGUGUCACGACAGGCAUCCCUUGGAUUCGGCCAGACCACCAGCCACAGCUGCCGCCAAACCGAGCCAUGGCAGAGAAGCGGCUGAUCAGCCUCGAGGGAUCUCUUCUCAAGAAGCCGGACAUCCAAGCAGAGUACGACAGAGUCUUCGAAUCAUACACCGACAAGGGAUAUGUGGUCCGCUGUGAGGAUAGUGCCGCCAGAGACGGUGACCAAUGGCUACUACCGCACUUUCCUGUCGUGCGCCACGACAAGGCGACCACGAAAGUGAGGGUUGUCUUCGAUGCAGCGGCUCGUCAGCGGGGUGUGUCUCUCAAUGAUGAGAUGUACACUGGUCCGAAACUGCAACAUGACCUGAUUCACGUCCUACUCAGGUUCUGCCGUGAACCGGUUGCGAUCGUAGGAGACAUUGCAGAGAUGUUCCUGCAGGUCCAGCUACAACAGAAAGAUCGGCGGUACGUACGCUUCUUGUGGCGCAAGUCGACAGACGAGCAACCAUCCAUUUACGAGUUUACUCGGCUCGUGUUCGGACUGAAGACAUUGUUCAUCGCCUGCCGAGCUCUGAGGGAGGUAGCCGCACAGCAUGGGGAACAGUACGACUCAGCAGCCCGAGCAGUGGUCAAGGAAUCGUUCUACGUUGACGAUUUCCUGAACUCACAACCAUCAGUACCAGCCGGCAUCUCAGUACGGCAGGGGGUGCAGGACCUGCUCCACAUGGGCUCGUUCCACCUGCGGAAAUGGCGCAGUAACAGCCGUGACGUGCUCCGUUCUAUCCCGGAGGCCGACCGAGCAGCCGACGCACUGGUGAGCAUCGAUGAUUGCAGCGACGCCGCAUCAGCGGCAGUCGUGAAGACACUUGGUGUCGUGUGGGACGCAGCGUCUGACACGUUCAGCUAUCGCUACAACACACCGGACGACCAGCGGCUGACGAAACGAAGCGUCCUAUCCAAGAUGGCCAGCAUCUAUGACCCAAGAGGGCAUAUUUCGCCGUUUACGAUAAGGGCUCGACUGCUGUUCCAGGAGGCAUGCAUUCUCGGCUGUUCCUGGGAUGACCGUCUCCCAUCAGAGCUGGAGACCAAGUGGCAGAGGUGGUUUGCAGAACUACCAGAUCUAGCUGGGAUCAAAGUGCCACGAUGCUUCAAAAGCAUGGAGCGCCAGGCUGACACCGCGAAGCUCACAGUACAUACCUUCACCGAUGCCUCGGCGCACGCCACUUCAGCUGUCAGUUAUGUCCGCGCGGCGUAUCCGGAUGGCUUUGUGAAGGUCAGCCUUGCAUUCGCCAAGGCGCGGGCAACCCCAAUCAAGAAAGUCACCAUCCCUAAGUUGGAGUUGCAAGGUGCAGCACUUGGCCUGCGCACCAGCAAAGUUGUCAGCCAAGCCCUCGCUAUUCCUGUUGCUGAACAUGUGUUCUGGACCGAUUCCCUCAACGUCGUGUACUGGGUGAGGAGCCAUGCCAAGAACUUCACUUCAGAUGUCGCCUGCCGGGUCGGUGAGAUUCAAGCCGACACCAAAGCUAGCCAAGCUGAGGGCAGUUAG